AUGGGCAACGAAGAAACAGUUUCAGGACUUUUUGACAAUCACAACCAUGGCUUUGUGCCAUACAUUCGUACUAUUGCGUCGACAACAAAUGCUCAAACUGUUGUAUCAAACGAGUCCUCCAAGACUCCUAAAAAUCUUAAACCACUCACACAAGAGCAACGUGACUUUCUCGACUCUGCUCUUCGUGUCAACCAGGCUGGCGAGCUUGCUGCCGUUCUCAUCUAUGCCGCUCAGUCACCCAUUCUUGUCCGCUCAAAGCCACACCUCCGCAAGCUCAUGGCGCAUAUGUACGACCAGGAAGACGGUCACUUCAAAACGUUCAACAGUCUUAUCCAUAAACACCGUAUCCGGCCUACUGCCAUGUACCCCCUGUGGUCCGUCAUGGCUACUGGUCUAGGUUGGUCAACCGCUAUGAUGGGCUAUGAAGCUGCCAUGGCUUGCACGGAGGCUGUUGAAACCGAGAUUGGUGGUCAUUACAACGAACAGAUCCGAACUCUUUUGGAGAUGGUUACGCAAUGGGAGGGUGAAGGUUAUGAAGUUGGCGAGGAACUGUCGAACCUUGUCAAAACCCUCCGAGUGAUUCGAGACGAGGAACUGGAGCAUCUAGAUCACGCUGUUGAGCAUGAUGCACAAAAGGCCGAGCCACAUUGGCUCCUUACUGGCGUCAUCCGGGCUGGCUGUCGGGGUGCUAUCUGGGUCAGUGAAAGAGUGUAG